UUUUUGUUGCUGAGCCGAUCCACCAUCCAUCAGCCAAGCAAGCAGAAAACAAAACAAAGGCGAUAUGGCGGUGAUGGUGACGGCGAUGAGCGCUGCUGCGUGCUGUGGUGUUGUGUUGAUGCUGCUGGCUCUCUCCACCAGCCUCGCAUCAGCGCAAGUGACGGUGCUGGUGGUGAGGGAUGACGGGAUUGCGUCCACGCCAAGCGACGAGCCACAGGACCCCACGUUCCAGACAAGCGCUCGCUUCCUGUUUGAGGCAAACACCUUCCGCAAGAACUUCCCCUUUGAGUGCUCCCUCGACGGCAGCCCCUUCUCAAGUUGCUUGUCGCCACACGAGAUCCCCGGCCCGCUGGCUGAUGGCUCUCACACUUUUAGCGUUCGUGUUCCUGGAAACCCCGGCACACAACACACAUGGACCAUCGACACCACCCCGCCCACGAUUUCUUUUGCAUCUGCACCGGAAGGGGUGAUUGGUGUGGGUGCGACUGCCGCCUUUGAAGUGGAUGCUUCUGAAGCGGUGCAGUUUCUGUGCCGCUUUGAUGAUGCGUACGAUUACGCGCCAUGUCCGUCGGGAACGAGCGGUGUUUGGAGCAGCAGCACGCAGUUUGAUUACGACAGCGUGGCAGCAGGUCCACAUCGGCUCCGCGUCGUUGCCCUUGAUCAAGCAGGCAGCGAAAGCAACCCGCUCCUGUUUGAGUUCAGCGCCGACGAUUGCGUCCUGACACCGGGGCUGUGCAAGCACAACAACAUGACUGACGCCACACAGCAAGGCAGCUGUGGUGCCGGGUAUUACCUCGACCUUGAAGACCGCAACAUCUGCCGCGCAUGCGUUGCUGUUCCCAGCUGUCCGCAGUCCCAGUUGCAUUGCACGAUGCGAUCCAAGUACAACUCCAUCUGCGGCACCUGCACCAGCUACUUCUCCACCAACCACACGGAGAACCACAUUGACUGCAGCGUUGUGAGCAUCUUCCCUUCGACAUCUCCAUGAGAAGGACUGUGCUGGUGCGAUUCCUCCUUGCAUGCCCCCUGCCACCCUUUUCAACCCUUUCUUUCUGACACACACACGCACGCAUGCAUGCACGCAAACACACACACACACACACGCACGCACGCGCGCACGAGCCUGCUUGCUGGCGUGUGCUGCACUCUUUCCAUUCAACCAACAUCUUGAGCCGUUAUUGUGUGUUUUUGUGUGCUUGCUGUUGUUGUACUUGCUUUCCUAUCACCUCUUCUGACGUCCUGGCUGGUGCAUUGGCAUGCACCACGCCACAAGCAAACAAGUACGCGCUUGCAACUUCCCCCCUCCCUCACUGCAUCUUCUGUAUUGGGUUCCUGCUUAGUGGUUUACCCUGUUCACUUUUAAUCCUGACCAAUAAAACCACCA